CACCCUCCCAACACGCCAAUCAACCUUAAAGCCAUCAUCUCCAAAAGGAGACACAGAGACCCUGAGACUUUCCUCGUGACCUUCACCUGCAUCGUCCAUGGCCUGCACCUCUCUCCCCAAACACCCUCUCACUCUCCUCCGAGCUCCCAUCAACAAGUCAUCACCACCCUCGCCUCCUGCAUUCCCCUCACUCUCCAACGCAUCGCACUCCCAGUUCUUUGGCAUCAAGCUCUCCGCUUCAUCACUCCCAAACCCUUCUCACUCCCCCAAGAGGUCCAUGCUCGUUUUUGCAAAGGUGUCCGAGGGGAAUGUGCCUCCGUCCUUUACUCUGAAAGAUCAAGAUGGGAAAAAUGUGUCUCUUUCGAAGUUCAAGGGCAAGCCAGUUGUGCUCUACUUCUAUCCUGCCGAUGAGACUCCUGGAUGCACCAAACAGGCUUGCGCCUUCAGAGACUCCUAUGAGAAGUUCAAGAAGGCUGGAGCUGAGGUCGUUGGAACAAGUGGGGACGAUCCUUCCUCGCACAAGGCCUUUGCCAAGAAGUACAGACUGCCAUUUACCCUGUUAAGUGAUGAUGGAAACAAGGUGAGGAAGCAAUGGGGGGUGCCUUCGGACCUCUUUGGAACACUGCCUGGAAGACAGACCUACGUGAUCGAUAAAAAUGGGGUGGUUCGACUUGUCUACAACAACCAAUUCCAACCAGAGAAGCAUGUCGAUGAAACACUGAAGCUUCUUCAGACCCUUUGAGAUGCCACUCUUCAGCUUACUUUGAAGGGCAAUGUAAUUAAUUACCAUGACAUUGAUCGGUAUCUCCUCUCUUAUUAAGUGUAUUAAUAGUUUUAA